CAGGCAAGUUAUUAGUUAGUAGACAGAUUAAUUCGGUGAAAAUCAAGUUAAAAAACUCUCUCCCGUCUCCUUAUUAUUCGUCAUCUCAUUUGUGAAUGAAUUCUAUAUUAGAAAGAAAGUAAAAUUUUUAUCUGUAUCCCUUAUAACAGUUAACACUACGAAGUGCACAACUUGCACAGGAUGUCCACAAGCAUAGUUCUUACUGAGCAACCUCAACAUUCAAGACUCAGAGAAUACAAACGGUGGUUUCGUGUGACCAUUUAUAUAAUGCUUCUUCUAGUAGCCCAAUGCACAGCCACUAUUUUGGGUAGGUUAUACUUUGAGAAAGGUGGUAAAAGUAAAUGGGUUGCAGCACUUGUUCAAUCAGCUGGAUUCCCUAUACUAGUUCCACUCCUAUUUUACUCUCAAAAAUAUGCCAAACCUAGUCAUUCCUCCGAACCUAAACCUAAAAUCCCCAUCUUACUUUUCAUAUACCUAGUUUUUGGCUUAAUUACUUCAGCAAUGGACUUGCUGUAUGCCUAUGGACUUUCAUAUCUUCCUCUUUCUACUUUUGCCCUAGUGUGUGCAUCCCAAUUAGGGUUUAAUGCAGUAUUCACCUUCUUCCUCAAUUCCCAAAAGUUCACCCCAUUGAUAUUCAACUCCGUAGUCCUCCUCACCUUGUCAGUUACCCUACUUGCAAGCAGUGCUGAAUCUGAGGACACAAAGGAUCUUCCCAAAGAAAAGCGAAUAAUUGGAUUCUUCUGUGCCCUAGCUGGAUCCGCCGCAUUUUCUUUACAACACUGUCUUGAGCAGCUUUUUUACGAGAAAGUUAUGAAGACAGAAAUCUUGCCUGCAGUGUUGAGCAUCAAUUUGUACCCUCUCAUCAUUUCUUCUGGUUGUACCUUAGUGGGGUUGUUUGUCAGUGGAGAUUGGAAAACUGUGAAAAUGGAGAUGAUGGAAUUCGGAAAUGGUAGGGUUUCAUAUGUGAUGACUCUGGUUUGGACUGCUGUGACGUGGCAAAUAGCAUGCAUUGGUAUGUCGGGGUUGAUUUUUGAGGUAUCUUCGUUGUUCUCAGUUGUAAUAGGUAACUUGGAAUUGACCAUAGCUCCUAUCCUUGCAGUCAUAGUGUUUCAUGACAAAAUCAAUGGGGUGAAGGUUAUAGCCUUCUUGUUAGCUAUAUGGGGGGUUUUGUCAUAUAUGUAUCAACAUUAUCUGGAUGACCGAAAGGUUAAGGAAGAUAAAGGUGAAGGCUCCGAGGUAUGAAAGGGAGAGAGACAAAUUUGAUGAUUAGAUAAAUGGACCUCAAAUCCACAAUAAAGUUAUAUGAAUAUCUAUAUUUAGGAAUUGAGUUUAUAUACUAUAGCCUGGAUAAGGGCGAUACUGAUCAUGCUUAUACAAUAUAUAUCU